AUGGCGACCCCCGAGGCAGACGUCGCAGGGACGACCAACUCUUCCGCCGCCGAGCAGCCUGUACAAUCGAUAGAACAAGAUGCCGACGGAAAGAGUCGCGAGAAUAAAAAUAGUAAUGGAAACAAGGGUGAUGGGAGUGCAAACCCCGGUGAUGCUGCGCCGUCAGCAACAGGGACAGCGACGCCCACAACCGCAGGUCCAGCGCAACCAGCUGUCAACGAAGUCACUCCCGAUCAAUGGAGGUCGAUGAUGGAUGUCGUGAUGGCGAUCUAUGAAUUCCGUGAAGAAGAUAACUAUGAUCCCUCGAGACUUUUCCAUCGCAGCGUUAAUAAACGAUAUGUACCGGAUUACUACGAUAUCAUCAAAGAGCCCAUGGCUCUCAGUAUUCUGAAACAAAAGAUCAAUAAGCGUGAAUAUACCAAGUUUGAACAGUUCGUCCGGGAUUGCGCCUUAAUCACACAUAAUGCGCAGACUUACAACAGGCCCGAGUCGCAAGCCUACAGAGAUGCGCUUGUUAUAAAGGACGUGUUUAUUGGAGAAUUCAAAAAACUUGUCGACAGCGGCAUCAUCACAGCAGAACAAGCAGAGAUGCCCGAUCUAGGCGAAAUUCCAGAGGCUGAUCCACUCCCUGCGGAGGACGAGGAGGACGAGGAUGAUGACGACGAAGACGAUGAGGACGAAGAUUCUGACGAUGGAGAUGGUCGCCGAAGACGACGCCGUGGUCCGCGAAAGAAGGAUGAUUCACAGCACCAAGACCAAGAAGUCCGGAAAAAGCGAGGUCGACCUCCCCGUGUUGACACGCCAAUGGAAGCUAGAAUUAAGGCGGUCUUGAAGGGCCUACGCAAAUUUAAAGAUAAUACUGGCCAGCUUAAAGUGCGCCACUUCGAAAGGUUGCCGGAUAAAGCAAUGUAUCCCGAUUAUUUCAUGGAAAUCAGGGAACCCAUGGCUAUUGAUUCGAUCAAGCGGAAAUCAAAGCGAAAGAAGUACAACUCUGUGGAUCAUUUCAUGCGUGAUGUUGAUUUGAUGUUUAACAACGCCAAAUCAUACAAUGAACCCAACAGUCAGAUUUACAAGGAUGCAGAGGACCUUCAGGUGGAAGCACACAAACUGGCUGAACAAGAGAAGAGAAAACCGGACAGCGAAUACUUGAUGGAGGACGGCCGAUUACCCUUGCCUCAGGGUAUCGUACACAAUGGAGAAUUGUGGAAAGUCGGUGACUGGGUGCAUAUUCAAAAUCCGAACGAUGUGACAAAACCAAUCGUGGCUCAAAUAUACCGAACCUGGCAAGAUUCUGAGGGAGAGAAAUGGGUGAAUGCGUGCUGGUACUACCGGCCAGAACAGACGGUGCAUCAUUUUGAAAAACACUUCUAUCCCAAUGAGGUCGUCAAGACGGGACAAUAUCGUGACCACCGUAUUGAUGAAGUGAUUGACCGUUGCUUUGUCAUGUUCUUUACGCGAUAUAACCGAGGACGUCCGCGAGGAUUUCCGCUAGACAAGGAGAUUUAUGUCUGUGAAGCGCGAUAUAACGAAGAGAAACACAAGUUGAACAAAAUCAAGACAUGGGCCAGUUGUCUCCCUGAUGAAGUCCGCGAAAAGGACUACGAGAUGGAUCUGUACGAUGUUCCGCGUCGCAUCAAGAAGAUUCCCAGUCCUAUCAAACAUUUACUUCCGCCGAAUGCCAAAGAAACAGAUGAUGUACCGAAGCCAACAUGGGGAGCGGAGAAAGCGCCUCCUCUAGUUGGUGCUGUACAUCGCCGUCCACGAGAUGAAAAUGAAUCUCCACCCCCCGAGCCAACGCCAUCGCCCCCUCCACAACCCAUGCACCGCCCAAGUCUUCCUGCUUCACUACCUCAACAGCCUUCAUUACCAUUGCCGAUAUCACGCGCACCACUACAAGACAGCAUGAGCCAAAGCCCGAUGGGCACUGUUGGCAAUAUCGCGCCCGUGAGGUCUCCGGCUGUUGGAGCACCUCUUGCAAUGGGUAACAUGCCAAAUGUUCCGGUCCAGCCAUAUCAAGCCCAAGUCCCAAGCCCAGCGCCGUAUUACCAGCCUCUACAAGCCCGCGCUGCCUCUUACGCUACGCCUUCAGCACACCCCAGCACAUAUCAACCAACCCCAGUGCAGCAGCCUGUAGCAGCACAACCUUCUCCACAAGCAUAUACCCAGGCCUCACCAUACACCGCAAACCGCUACCCAGCUCCUACUGCAGCGGCACCAGCACCAGCUGCACCGGUCUACAACCCCAAUGCGCCACGACCUGUUGAAGUAUUUCAUCUAAGCGACACAGCGAACGCAGCUAUCCCCACCGAAGUUCGAUCUCAAUUCCACUGCGACGAUCACGGACGAGUCUUAUUCUUCUCAACUCCGCCGAUGGAUAUAGUGGCAUCUACAUCCACCAAGAAACCAUUAGGCCAUUCAUUAAAAUACCUAGCCGCAAAAGCAGCCAAAGAAGAGAAGCGAAAACGACGCCUCGAAGAAGAGCAACAACAACAACCCGUAACAAAACAAGCACGCAUCACCCUGGUACCAGAAAAAGAAACUCUUGAUCCUUCCCGCCUAAAGAACCUCAUCUCAAAAACAGUCUCCCUACUAACCCAAAACAUUACAACCGGCACAGAAGAGCUCUACAAUUCUCUAUAUGGCAAUAAGAAAUCAGAAUAUCAAGCCGCAGAUCAGCGACAACUAGACCACCGAGUCAAGACGUAUACACUCAUGAAACAAGCAGCGACACAAUUAAGGACGCAGACGGUUAAUGAGUUGGCGCCAAAGGAGACUGAUUUUAGAAGGGGGGGUGUUUAUUUGGAGGAUAUUAAUUGA